UUUAUUAAUUAUUCAUCCCCAGACUGAGUUUAACCUUCAAAUGUUUAUUAAAGAUGAAUAUUAUUGUUUAAUUAACAUGUGUUGACAACUGUCUUAUAUCAGUGUCAUUUAAGGGUGAACUAUUUUAUAUCAGAAAUGUCAAAUGUGCAAGUGUCCUGCAAUUUAAUACGAAUGGACUUCGGAAGACUUUCCAGAACAACCCCCAAAGCUGCCAAUGAAUAAUAAAAAAAAGAUGGUCCUUGUUCACAACAUGUUUCAACUUUGAUGUCUUUUAAAUCAAGAACUAUAAUUACUGGAAUCAUAAACAAACCAUAUUCUGCACUAUUAAAUCAAGGAUACAAUUUUGCCAUCACUUUCUUGCCUGCAUUUGGAGGCAGAAGUGGAGCAACAUUUAGAGCAGCAAGUUUGUAACUAACUAAAAUAAUCUAGGGAAGAAAUGCAUAAGCACCUCCUUCUUUCUCUCUAAAUAAUCUGACAUUUAUGGGUCCUUAAGAAGUCCCUUAAACCUUUUUUUGGUUUACUGGAAUGUCUUUAUGUUUGAACAAAGCAACUUGUGUUCGAGUACAUUUCAGCAAUUCUUUGUUUUAAAUUUAAACAACCACAUUGUGUUGGUCACAUCCAAAGUUGCAAUCAAAUUAAAUCAAAUAAACCGGUAUAACAUCAUAAUGUAUGCUGUUUUAUUUGUGAUUAUAGUUAAAACUAAGAGAUGUGAAACAUGCAUACCACCUCCUUAAACACCACUGACACAAAAUAAGCAACAGAAAGAAUAGAAGCCAUGACCAUAUACCGAGUGUGCUGACCAGUCACUCCCACCCUCUAUAAAAGAGGCAGCUCUGGACUUCAUGAACUGAUAACCUCCCAACACAGGCUCCACUGAACUGCCACCAUGAGCACAGACGCAGAGAUGGAGCAGUAUGGCCCAGCGGCCGUAUACCUCCGAAAACCAGAGAGGGAGAGGAUUGAGGCACAAGCCAGUCCUUUUGAUGCCAAAACUGCGGUCUUUGUGGCUGAUGCAGACGAGAUGUACCUCAAGGGUAAACUUGUGAAGAAAGAAGGUGGCAAAGCCACGGUUGACACAGACAGUGGAAAGACGGUCACUGUAAAAGAGGACGACAUCCAUCCGAGGAAUCCCCCAAAGUAUGACAAAAUUGAGGACAUGGUCAUGAUGACCCACCUCAAUGAGCCUUGUGUGUUGUAUAACCUCAAAGAGCGUUAUGCCUCAUGGAUGAUGUACACCUACUCUGGGUUGUUCUGCGUUGUCGUGAAUCCCUACAAGUGGCUUCCUGUGUAUGAUGCUGUAGUUGUGGGAGCAUACAGAGGAAAGAAGAGGAUUGAGGCACCACCCCACAUCUUCUCCAUCUCUGACAAUGCCUAUCAGUUCAUGCAAAUUGAUCGUGAGAAUCAGUCUGUCCUGAUUACUGGAGAAUCCGGUGCAGGAAAGACUGUCAACACCAAGUGUGUCAUCCAGUACUUUGCAACAAUUGCAGCUAUUGGAGCUAAGAAGGCUGAGCCAGUAGCUGGCAAAAUGCAGGGGUCCCUUGAGGACCAAAUCGUUGCAGCCAACCCUCUACUAGAGUCCUAUGGUAAUGCCAAGACUGUGAGGAACGACAACUCCUCUCGUUUUGGUAAAUUCAUCAGGAUCCACUUUGGCACGACUGGCAAGCUGGCAUCAGCUGAUAUUGAAACAUAUCUGCUGGAGAAGUCCCGUGUCACCUACCAGUUGUCUGCUGAGAGGAGUUACCAUAUCUUUUAUCAGCUGAUGACUGGCCACAAGCCUGAGAUCGUGGAGGCUCUUCUGAUCACCACCAAUCCCUAUGACUACCCAAUGAUCAGUAUGGGUCAAAUCACUGUCAAAAGCAUUGAUGAUACGGAGGAGUUCAUUGCAACAGAUGCAGCAAUUGAUAUCUUGGGGUUCAAUGCUGAUGAGAAAUUGGGCAUCUUCAAGCUGACUGGAGCUGUGAUGCAUCAUGGUAACAUUAAAUUCAAGCAGAAGCAGCGUGAGGAGCAGGCUGAACCUGAUGGCACUGAUGUGGCUGAUAAAAUCGCUUACCUCAUGGGCCUGAACUCAGCUGACAUGCUGAAAGCUCUGUGCUACCCAAGAGUCAAGGUCGGAAAUGAGAUGGUGACCAAAGGUCAAACUGUGCCACAGGUCAACAAUUCUGUCGGUGCUCUGUGUAAGUCUGUCUAUGAGAAAAUGUUCUUGUGGAUGGUUAUCCGUAUCAAUGAGAUGCUGGAUACAAAGCAGGCAAGACAGUACUACAUUGGAGUGUUGGAUAUCGCUGGAUUUGAGAUCUUUGAUUACAACAGCUUGGAGCAACUCUGCAUCAACUUCACCAAUGAGAAACUGCAACAGUUUUUCAACCACACUAUGUUUGUUCUGGAGCAAGAGGAGUACAAGAAAGAAGGCAUUGAGUGGGAGUUCAUUGACUUCGGUAUGGAUUUGGCUUCCUGCAUCGAGCUUAUCGAGAAGCCACUGGGAAUCUUCUCCAUCCUUGAAGAGGAGUGCAUGUUCCCCAAGGCCUCUGACACAACUUUCAAGAACAAGCUGCAUGAUCAGCAUCUUGGCAAGACCAAGGCCUUUGAGAAGCCAAAGCCUGGAAAGGGCAAAGCUGAGGCUCACUUUGCACUGGUUCACUAUGCUGGUACAGUGGACUACAAUAUCACUGGCUGGCUGGACAAGAACAAGGACCCACUGAAUGAGUCAGUUAUUCAGCUCUACCAGAAAGCUUCAAACAAACUGCUGGCCUUCCUGUAUGCAUCCCAUGGUGCAGCUGAUGAGGCCGCUGCUGGGGGCAAGAAGGGUGGCAAGAAGAAGGGUGGUGCCUUCCAGACCGUGUCUGCUGUUUUCAGAGAGAACUUGGGCAAACUGAUGACCAACUUGAGGAGCACUCACCCUCAUUUUGUCCGUUGCCUGAUUCCUAAUGAAUCAAAGACACCUGCUGAGAUGUAACGGUGUGCUGGAAGGCAUCAGAAUCUGCAGAAAGGGCUUCCCCAGCAGAAUCAUCUACGGUGACUUCAAGCAGAGAUACAAAGUAUUGAAUGCCAGUGUGAUCCCUGAGGGACAGUUCAUU